ACUAUUUCUAAUAUAAAUAUCGAAGAUAAUUUAUCACAUUUGGUAUUGGAUAAGGAAGGAAUAGUCCCCCGACCUGGUGUAUGGGGUAGUCCUUUGAAUUUAUCUCCUCCAAAAGCUCAGCCACGAUUAUCUUUACCAAAUGCUUGUACAGUGGAAGAGUUGGAAAGAGGACUUAUUGCAAAUAGGCCACCACCAGGUCUCAGUAAACCACAAACGCAACAACAGCAGAAGAAAUCUGAAGGUUCCAUUCUGUUUGAGAACCUCUCUUUGAACGAGAAACUUCAUGUUAAUGGCCUACCUCCAUCGCGUUUUCCACCAGGGUUUGCUCCUGGAGCACAUCCUAUAAUUUUACCCAAUCCCAUAAGACCACCACACCAUCCUCAAUUGAUGCAACAUCCUAGAUUAUUAGGUUUAAUUAAUCAAGCUGGUAAUGUGUUACGUUAUCCUCCACCACCACAUUUAAUGUUGCCACAACCAGUUCCAAGGCAAACUCUUCAUGGCUCUUAUGGCUUUCCUCCUCAACUACAUCCUAAUUUAGGAGGCCCACCAUUCCUUCGGCCAGACCACAUGAUGCCUGCAUUUCCUAACAACCAAACCAAUCAUCAGCAACAUCAACAUUCUUAUUCACAUUUAGGAAAUCAGAGAAACCAGAACAGAUCUUACUAUCAUAACGAACAACAAGCCGGACAUCAAUCAUUUUUUAAAAAUAAUCAAUAUCCUCAUCGUAAUCAUGAUAGAAACAAUCAAAGAUCUUAUCAUCAUCAACAUUAUUCUCACAGUGUUAAUGGUAAUGUCUCGGGAGAAUACGAACACUCAGGAAAACUCGCUAUAAAGCCUCAUGAGAAGCAAUGGUUAAUUAAUAUUCAAUUAUUACAACUUAAUACAAUUCAACCAUAUGUUGAUGACCAUUAUUAUGUCGUAUUCUGUGAUAAACGGAAUAAACAACAUGCAGAUCAAGAACAAAAAGAUAAGAAACACAAUAAUAAUGGAUACCACAGGGAUCAUAGAGAUUGGGAAUUAACACCUCAAGCUACUUCAAGAUCAGCAUACACGCCAGCUCAAUUUGAGAAUUCAUUAGGCAAACUCCAUUGCAGCAGUGUAACAGCACCACGUAAACUUAUCGAUAUGGAUGUUGUAUCAAAUAGCGAUUCUCAGUCAACUCCUCAAUCCCAACAGAAGGACACUAAAAAAACGCGACAAUUACUCCUUGAAAUUGAGAGACUGUUUACAUUGCUAUUUAAAUUGGAAGAUUUGAGCAAUCCUCUCGCUUCAAUUCCGGAACCACAACAGCAACAAGAAGGGGAAUCCGAAGUAAACGCGGCUAAAACUGAACCGGAAUUAAUAAGCAUGAUUUUAACAUGUUUACAACAAUUAAUACAAGAAGAUAAAUUAGCUAGUAUGCUAAGUAUUCGUAAAGGCAAGACAUUACUACUGCGUUUUUUACCUCAUCUGAACGUGACAGAAUAUAAUAAGCAAUUAAGAGAAUUGUGGACUGCGAUAUUUAAAGGAUUAGCUAUGAUAGGACGUAGAGAUUGUCAUAUAUUGACAGACUUUUAUUCCGAAUUUCGAAAAUGGCUUGAAGUUGUGAAAGAUUUUGAUACCAUAUUGCGAUUAGUAAGAGCAUUAUCUGACUCUGCUAAUGUUCAUCCUGUUAAAAAUAAUAGCUUAACUUUUGCUCUUAUGAAUAAGUUUGGUGUGUCUGCGGUAGCAGCAAUGAUUGAGCAAGCUGAACAAUUGUGCGACACAGACGAGUCCCUGCCUUUUGAAUGGUCAACUUUUGUAUUGACAAUAGUUGAACUAAUUGGUGACGCAUCACCAUGUGUUGCACCCUGUCAACCAAUUACUGCAAAUACGCUCAAUAAACAUCUGAAACGGAUUUCCAAUUUAAAACUAGAAAGGUAUACAGCGCUCGCGUGUUUGUUAACUGAUGCCAAUCCUUUACGAUAGUCUAACGUUACGCAAAUUACACUCGAGUUUUUUUAGGUUCGUCUUUUUAACGUGCUAAAAAUAAAUUAUCCAAAAAGAAUGAUACAAAUAUUUUAAUAUAAUUACUAUAUAAUGUUAUUGAAACAUCCAUUGUGUAUGAUAAUAUUUCUAAAUAGAUGCCAUGAUUUUACAAAGUAGAUUAAGUGUAAUGCAAAAUAUAGAAAAAAAUUUAUAUAUAUAUAACAAUUUUAUAUAUAUAUGUGUGUAUAUGUAUAUAUACAUAUAUAUAUGUUUAUGUAUAUAUAUAUGUAUGUAUGUAUAGGCAGAAAUAUUAUGAACAUUUUGAUGCACAAUGAGGUUUCUACUUGUAUACAUAUAAUCACCUUUUAUUGUAUAUUUUGUAAACAUUAAUCAGCUUGAGUUUUACAAUUGAUAGCAUGAUGAAAUCACUACAAUAUCAGAAAGAACAAACUUCAGAUAAAGUAACAAUUGCAUGCCAAUAAUUUUUUUUAAACAGUUUUUUUUAAUUACAGUAUAUUUUGAUUUCUCUAUGCAAGAUUGAUAUUUAAUGUUAGACGCGAGGCACUUGAAGUUAUCAUAAUACAUUUAAUUUACAAUGAUAAUAAACAUUAAUCUAUUUCUUUCUUUAUGAGUAAAAUAUAUCAUGUUAUAUAAUGAAGUAACUGAAAAUGAUAAUUUCGAAUGCCUUUAUAUUAAACUGCACAUCCUAUCUUCCUAUUUGCUGUAUUUCAUGUUUCUUUUAAUUAAUGUGUUUACAUUUUUAAUUUAACAUAUUUACAACAUAUUUAAAAGUAUUAGUUCUACUAUUUGUAUUUUAUACCAUUCUAAUUAAUAUUUAAAUUAUUUUGAUUUUACUGUAUAUAUAAAUUUGUUUUAUUUAAUAUAGGCAUUUUGUAUCCUGUAUAGGAAAAUACAGUGAUAUUUUACAUGCAUUAAGAAAACAUUUUCCUUUUCAAAAAAUAAUUUUUUUUUCAAUAUGUUUUUAUUAUAGGUAUAGAAUACAUUAGCAUUUACAUUAGCAGCUUUUUAAUUCAUACUGCUAAAUGUAUCUUUUAAAGUUUUGUUUUUUAUAUCUUGCAAUUAUGUAAUUAUAGGUAUAUGAAUAUAUGUAUAUGAUGAUAUUGCGCACACGCGGAAGGUAAGACGGGAUGUGUACGUUUUCCCUUUUGUUUAUACGCAAAGCAGAUGUCUACAUGAUUAUAUAUACAUUAUGCAUUGUUGUAAAUGGAAUCAAUAGGGCUAAGAAAAAGAAUUUUAAAAACUUGCUGUAUCAGUGUACAGAUGACUUAUAUUUUGGAAAUAAUGACAGAUAAUCAUUUACAUCGCAUUGUUAAGAUAUAAUUAUAAAAACGAGAGUAUACAACAAUUGCAUAAGUUAGUUAUCAGCAGCAAAACCAUAGUAGUCUUUUUAUAACGUUUGUAUUAUAUAUUAAGUACCAAAAUUAAGUUUUUAUUAGUUUGGAUGUCAAACAUGUGACAACAUGAUGUUUAAUCUAGUUAUAAAAGAUUACAGACUUAUCGAUUUGAGAAAUCUCUUUCUUUUCUCAUUUUUUUAUAUAUACAAUAGUUGUCACACAAUCUUGUGAUUGCGAAAAGAUUGAAUGAAAAGAAGAGAGGUGAUUCUGUAAUUGCAAUGUGUAUUUACAGUACCGUAAGAAUUUUAAAGUACGAGAGAUGACAUGGCCUUUAGAAUACUAAGUAAGAUGAUUACUUUUUAUCCCAAUUUAAUUACAAUCUUGUACUUCUAGCGUAUAUAUAGAAUGACAUUACGGUGCGUGAAUGAUGGAUGCAUUUUGUAAUCAAAUGCAGAAAUAUUUUGUUUUUUGCCAUGUCGCAUGAUGUAACACUAUUUUGCAAAAAAAGAAGAAAGAUUUUCAAAGUUAGAGUUUCUUGUUACUAGUUUGUAGUCUUAACAAGUGAAAUAAUGAUUAUCGACUUGAAUGAUAUUUUUGAGUUGCAUGGACACAUUUUAUAAAGGAGAAGUAUGUCUUGAGAGCAUUGCAUGAAACCUUUUUAAUUUUGUAAAAAUACAAUUCCAAAUUUAGUCACAAAUAUUUUGUCGCACUAGGUUUUUUUUAUUACAAUACAAAUCGCUUUACUAUCACUAGUUAGAUCAUUAAAAGUUAAAUGUUAAGGUGUUACAGCAUUUCAGUUGAUUACAUUUAUAUAAAUUAUAUCACAUAUAAACACUCGUUAUUUCAGUGCGAUUAGCUUGUACGAUUUAAAUAAUACAUAAUAAAUAGUGUUAAAUGAUUUUUUUCUAUUUCUUCUGUUAGAUACCAUAUUAUAAAUACAUUGGUGAUUAUUAAUAAUGAAUUAAACAAAUUAAACAAAAAGACGAACCAAAUAAAUAUCCAUCUAUUAAUGCUUACGAAUGAUUUAUGAAUGUACAGUUCGAAAGUUUUUCUAAUUAGUGUCCUCAUUAUUAUCAAGUCAACAAAGAGAAAUAGUCUAUGUUUUUACAUAAGGAAUGCCGAGAAUCUAGGGGAUGUAUAAUUGAUCCCGUUGAUCUGUAGACAAAGAUGCACGUCUAAUAAGCCCAAGAGUUACAUUACAUUCUUCUUACUACGUAACUGGGCUUACAUUUCUUUAGGAUAAAUUUAGUUAUAAACGUAACAUAUUUAUGAAUUGUUUUAAAUACCGUAAAUUUUUAAAUAAUUUUAUGCUUAAGGAAAAAAAAACAUUUCGUUUCAGAGUAGUUUUCAUUUUAUUUUAAAACGCUUAAACUUCGCCCUAUAAUUUAUAUGUUAAGGGGCAGAUUGGGCGACUAUUAACAAGUAUAAAAUUUUCUCUUAAGUUUUACUAAAAAAGAAUUGUAUAUAUUUUACAAAUAUAUACAUAUAUUAGUAAAGCAAUAUGCUCCUCUCGCUUGUUCAGAUCAUAUAACAAUAGAACUUUUUUUUUACUACUUUUGAUAUUCGCCACAAUAACUCAUUUGCAGUUUUUUCAUUUUUGCCCCAACAUCAAUUGUUGCAAAAGCGACGUCGUUUCGAUGCUAUAUUGCUGUUGCUAACGCACGCAAUUGUAUUAAAAAAGUCCUCGUAACACAGCAAAACGAUAUAAGUUAAAAUUGAUAUAAUUUGUAUAGAGACAAAGCGAUUUUAUUAUCGACGAGUAGACUGUAUAUUUUAAUACUAACCAAGUAUAUAUAUGUCUGUUCCAAUACAGAUAUAAAUUACACCACAAUAUUAUAUAAUGAAUGUCUUAUAUUCCGUUUGCCAUCGUCAUACAGAUUGAAGCUUUUGCUGAUGAAAAAAGAGCAUGCAACGUCUUCUUGUGAAAUAGAUAAAGUGAUUAAGGCGAAAAUUGUGCGUUUGCUUUUUGUGAUUAAAGAUAUAUUUUUAUAAAAAUGCUAUUAUGUUUAUUGUGUUUAGACAAAAACGAAGAUAUAAUGCUAUAAAAUGCUAUAAAAAAAAACCAGAUCGUUAAAUUAACUUAAAAAUCCUUCAUAGUUUAUCAUCAUUACGUCUAUUAUGUACUUGUCGGUGAUAUGCGUGUAUAUUAAAAGAAAAUUGAUUGUAAAUUUAUAACAGUCUGAGAAUAUAAUUAUAGCUAUUGUGUAUGUACAGAAUUGAUCUAAUUUGAAAUCAAAGUCUUAAAUAAAUGUUUUGCAUC